CCGUAACCGUCGCAUACUCGUUUCUGGGCUCUUGCAACGCGCUAGUCCACACGUUUACCGUCGAGUCAGUUCGAUAACAAUCGCUCGCAGUCGCCGCCGCGAUAGUACCAAGUUCUCUUUAGAGGUCACCGACAGAAUCCGCACGAGCAAACAUGAGGGAAAUCGUCCAUAUCCAGGCUGGCCAGUGUGGUAACCAAAUUGGAGCCAAGUUUUGGGAAAUAAUCAGUGACGAGCAUGGCAUCGAUCCGACUGGCACUUACCAUGGCGACUCGGACCUUCAGUUGGAGAGAAUUAAUGUCUACUACAACGAAGCGUCGGGCGGCAAGUACGUGCCUCGGGCCAUUCUCGUCGAUCUGGAACCCGGCACUAUGGACUCUGUACGGUCAGGACCGUUCGGCCAGAUUUUCAGACCGGACAACUUCGUGUUUGGCCAGAGCGGCGCCGGCAAUAAUUGGGCCAAGGGCCAUUACACCGAGGGUGCUGAACUAGUGGACUCCGUUCUUGACGUCGUAAGGAAGGAAGCUGAGAGCUGCGAUUGUCUGCAAGGAUUCCAGCUUACGCAUUCUUUGGGUGGCGGUACUGGCUCUGGAAUGGGUACUUUACUCAUCUCCAAGAUUCGUGAGGAGUAUCCCGACAGAAUCAUGAACACUUAUUCCGUUGUCCCAUCACCCAAGGUAUCGGACACGGUAGUCGAGCCGUACAACGCCACCCUCUCCGUGCACCAGCUCGUCGAGAACACCGAUGAAACUUAUUGUAUCGACAAUGAAGCUCUUUAUGACAUCUGUUUCCGCACUUUAAAAUUAUCGACACCAACGUACGGUGAUCUGAACCAUCUUGUCUCUCUCACGAUGUCCGGCGUCACGACCUGUCUCAGGUUCCCUGGUCAGCUGAACGCCGAUCUCAGGAAACUUGCCGUGAAUAUGGUGCCCUUCCCACGUCUUCACUUCUUCAUGCCUGGAUUCGCGCCUCUCACAUCCCGCGGUAGCCAACAGUAUAGAGCGCUCUCCGUGCCAGAGCUCACCCAACAGAUGUUCGAUGCGAAGAACAUGAUGGCUGCAUGCGACCCUAGGCAUGGCAGAUAUCUCACAGUAGCCGCCAUUUUCCGUGGCAGAAUGUCGAUGAAGGAGGUUGACGAGCAAAUGCUCAACAUUCAGAACAAGAACAGCUCGUACUUCGUCGAAUGGAUCCCGAACAACGUGAAGACCGCCGUCUGCGACAUUCCGCCACGCGGUCUCAAGAUGUCUGCCACAUUUAUCGGCAAUUCCACCGCCAUUCAAGAGCUGUUCAAACGCAUCUCCGAGCAGUUCACUGCCAUGUUUAGGAGAAAGGCUUUCCUUCACUGGUACACUGGCGAAGGCAUGGACGAGAUGGAAUUUACCGAGGCCGAGUCGAAUAUGAACGACUUGGUGUCCGAGUACCAGCAAUACCAGGAAGCUACCGCGGACGAGGACGCCGAAUUCGACGAGGAGCAAGAAGCCGAAGUCGAUGAGAAUUAAGAGAAAGACAUCCCGCGGCGGAAGCGAUAUUCUCUUUCCCUAUUCUUUUCCCUCUCCUUGUCUAUUCUCUUUCUCGACCGAGCGAUAAUGCAACAAACAGCUCUUCACCCAUGCUUUUUAACUCGAUAUCCUCUCGAUUAUUUUCUCCUCUUUUGUAUCUUUUUUUGUACGGAUUUCUGUUUCGAAUUUUGCGGAGCGCGCUUUCGUUCCCCUGGUCAAUAUCGUAAUUGAGAACGAGCAAUUCGAAGAAUUAUAUCUUAUUUUUGAAUGCUGCUUUUCUAUAAGUUGUUUGCUUUUUAAAUAAAAUAUAUCUUUAGGCUCGUAUAUCAACAAUAAAUUGAGAACUGUUGUUUACUUUUGAUUAUUAAUUUAUGCGCGCUCUUACCAUCAUUCAGUGUAUAACCGCUGAAAGCGGUCGCUAUCAUAUUUGAAUAAAUUAUUAUCAUAUAAAUCUGUGGUCACUCGCACUACCUCCAGUUAUUACACAAAUCGAACCUCCAACGCUACAUUGAGUUUUGUACUUUCGAUAACUUCGUAUAUAUUUAUAUUUGUCUGUUAUCAUACGCAGUUUUAUACCAUGAUAGAUGUGAAUAAAAAUCCAUGAAACAUA